AUGCAGCCAGUAUUAACAGACAACGAGAUCAUCGCCAGUUUCACCCCCACUGAACAUGGGUUUUAUCGCUGGUUUGAAGCGAGUGGGUACGUUCAUGUGGUAAAUGAGGUGCAGCUUGGGCGAAGUCCGAGUAUCGCAGCCGGCAUGCAGACGGCCUGGCCCGACGUUGAGAAUGCGUAUCAAAAAUGGCUUGGAUUCCUUGACAAGUGGAUCAUGCGUCGAUCGAUGGCUGGACCGAUGUCUGGUGCGGAGUUCAUCUCUCUGGUUCUCUCGACACGAUGCAAUGAUGCAAAUGAGGUUUCCAGAUAUUUCUUGACAUUUGAAGUAUACGAUCUGGAAUUCGUUAGCCUGGGAGCCAGCGAUUUCGGCGGCACCUUUGCAGAGUACAUGGUAUGGGUUGACGACUGUUAUCUUCACCCAGACUCGGCCCCAAGCGAACUAGACGAGAAACCUGAACUUCAUAACAGGGUCAUGGGAAUUGACUUCAACAACGACUUUUCCGCAUUCUUGCCGAAUAUGCAAGACGAUUCCGAAGUUCUUCGUGUAGAGAAGAGCAGCUCCGCCCCAGAAUUAUCAAUUACCACGCAAGGUGCUAAUACCAAUGACAAUGAGCCAUUCUACUUCUUUCAAAUCGGCAGCCUGAGGUAUGACGCUGGCGAUGGCAUGAUAGGGCCCUUUUGCCUCAGUCUUAAUCGUGGCGCAAACUAUAACCAAAGCACUUAUGGACGAACCUAUCAUGGGGAAUGCACCGACUACGAAGUCGUCGUUCAGGUUGGCCCAGAUGGCUUUCCCACCGGAGCAGUGUAUGUUAUGUACAACCAUGAAUCCGGCGUGCCACACCGGUUCGAAAAGAGACUCACGCUCCCUGGACCUCUCUUCCGGGGCAGCUCGCCUCCCUUUUUUCUCGCCAAAAUUGCUGACUCGGUGCAAGAUCUGAAUCAACCUCGGGUGUUUGAUUUUGAGGUUGUGCUCAAGGAAAGACGCAAUGUUUUCCGGACCAAGGUUGACAAGGCCUCGGGAAAGAUCGUCCCGGAUGUCUAG